UGAAAAGUAUCAACAUUCAGAUGUUGAUUGAUGACUGACUUCAUAAAUUCAAAUUAAUCACACAUAAAAAAACAAGAGUCGUCGAGACUAACAGCAAUAAUUGCAAUAAUUCCGGUCAGUUUAAUUUCCUCAUUGGAAACCUAGGUCGAUUCCUCCCUUUUCUACUUCGUCAUUGGGGCUUGGUCACUUUGAGUACCUCGUUUCUGCACCGGCUUCAAAUCUACUCCAUAUAUACUCCCGCCAAGACACGGGGAUGAGCGGGACAAAAACGGAGAUGAAGGUCUCCCCAGAGAGGGCACAGGCCCUCGCUAGCCAGCUCCGUGCCGUCACUGAGCGCCUCCAGUCCGCAGCCAAGGGCCGACCUGUCAGGCUCGUGGCCGUGUCCAAGUUGAAGCCAGCAAACGACAUAUUGGCCCUGCACAGCGCACCCGUCGGCCACACGCACUUUGGCGAAAACUACGCGCAGGAGCUGUCGCAAAAGGCACAGGUGCUCCCGCGGUCCAUCCAGUGGCACUUUAUCGGCGGGCUGCAGUCGACGCACUGCAAGAGCAUCGCCAAGAUCCCGAACCUGUGGUGCGUGUCGAGCGUCGACACGCUGAAAAAGGCCCAACUGCUCGACCGCGCCCGCGGCCAGGCCGGGGAGCCGCCACUCAACAUCCACGUCCAGGUCAACACGUCCGGAGAGGAGUCAAAGUCCGGCUGUGCGCCGGGCGAGGAGACGAUCGCCCUGUGCCGGGCCGUCGCCUCAGACGAGUGCCCCAACCUCCGCUUGCUGGGGCUUAUGACCAUUGGCGCCAUCGCGAGGUCCCGUGCCACCACGCCCGAGACGGAGAAUGAGGACUUCGUGUGCCUGAGGGAGCAACGCGACUUGGUGGCCAAGGAGCUGGCGUUGGAGGGAGAGUUGGAGUUGAGCAUGGGCAUGAGCGACGAUUUUGAGGGCGCAAUCUCGAUGGGAAGCCACGAGGUCCGCAUAGGCAGCACCAUUUUUGGCGAAAGGCCCGCAAAGGUGGAUGCAAAAAUCGUCGAGUAAUUUUUGGCUUCUUUAGCCAGGAUGGGCAGCAAGUGGUGGUGUGGCCCUUGAAGCAUGCCCACCAGCCUGGACAGGCAAGGCCCGAUUGUUAGACAGAUAACGUUAAUAUAGUGUAAGAUCCUGCAAGGAAUCUGCUAACGUUAAAAUCAUAUUUAUAAGCCUAUGUAGCACGUCUCAUGUCAUGGAAAUAGCAAGCACAGAUUGUCACUAUUCAACCCAUCGUAAAUCGAAUACUUGUGCCAUGUC